AGGGACAGCCGCCCAGACACCUCCUGGGAAGCUGCUCCAGACACUCGAGUUCCUUACAGACCUCGAACACAGCCUCUUUUGGGACACUCCAUCAAGGGGUCACCCUCCCUGAACCAAGCUCGCCAAAAAAGAAAAGCAAACAGAAUCCCAAUGUUUAGGCCUCUGAUCCAGAGCUGGAAGAGACUCCCCACCCCUGUGACUGCGCACUCUAUGAGAAGCACCAGUAAUGGAGCAAACUGCAGUCUCAAACUGGCCAACAAAGUCGCUGUGGUUACAGGGUCCACAAAUGGGAUUGGCUUCUCCAUUGCUCGACGUCUGGCCCAGGAUGGGGCCCACGUGGUCAUCAGCAGCCAGAAGCAGCAGAAUGUGGACCGUGCUGUGGCCACGCUGAAGAAGGAGGGACUGGGGGUGUCAGGCACUGUGUGUCAUGUUGGGAAAGCAGAAGAUCGGGAGCGGCUGGUGGCCACGGCCCUGGAACACUGUGGGGGUGUGGACUUCCUGGUGUGUGUCGCAGGAGUUAAUCCCUUGGUGGGAGGUACCCUAAAGAGCAGUGAACAGAUCUGGGACAAGAUCCUGGGUGUGAAUGUGAAGGCCCCAGCCCUGCUGCUGAGCCAGCUGCUGCCCCACAUGGAGAAGAGGGGACAAGGUUCGGUGGUCCUGGUGUCCUCUGUGGCAGCCUAUGUACCACUUCCUAGGCUGGGGGUCUACAACGUCAGUAAAACGGCCCUGCUGGGACUAACCAAGACUCUGGCGGUGGAGCUAGCACCAAAGAGCAUCCGUGUGAACUGCAUAGUACCAGGCUACAUCAACACAGACUUCAGCCAAGUGUUCACUGAAGACUCCGCCAUCGAGGAACAUUUGAAGUAUUUCUAUGGAAUGCAGAGAGUGGGUCAGCCUGAGGACUGCGCGGGACUCGUGUCUUUCCUGUGCUCCCCGGAGGCCAGCUAUAUCACUGGUGAGAACAUCGCUGUAGCUGGCUGGUCUCCCCACCUCUGAGGGGCCUGAGGUCAGAGCUCAGGCUCACCUCCCCGCUUAGGAGCCCUAUGUGACCCUAGGACCAUAUGAUGCAAUAUUUUUAAAGAUAAGCCUGUGCUCCAAAUGUGUACACUUUGGUUCAAAGCUUUCAGAAGAAUAAAAGCUCAUCAGAAAAGAGUUUAUAAUACAAAGCCAUCAUUAAA